AUAUACCGGUAUAUGAUAUAUGAAAAUGAAUAUCUCCUGAAUGGUGUAUUCAGAGCCUAAAGUGCAUUAACUCUGUGUUAUUGUAACACCCUGCUGGCUCUAACCAGAGAAUAUGAUAAAGAUGUUUUUCUUUUUCAGGUUGAUACAGAUAUACUGGAAGACUUCAACUUCAAGACUUGACAAAAAAGUCAAGUUUGAGUUUCUACCGUCAUCUCCGUUUCUCAUCAAAACCAUCUGUUUAAAGAUCGCAUCACUCUUACAGAGUAGGCUUGAAGAAACUAAGAGCUUCAAUCUACGUGUAUCAUUCGAAGCGUGCAGGAUAUCAAGGGAAGAUUGCAGCAUCUGAUAUUGCUGUGACUGUGUUGUGCAAAGCCUCAAUUGCAUACUAAGGUGUAAGCUGUCACCGACAUGGAUAUCUCGUCUGUGGUCAAGCAGUCAACUAUCGUACACAUCUGGCUGUUUUGUAUCUUCAUAAUUAGCGCCCUCAUCGUCACUUCAAGUCAAUGUUUCACCCUGGUUAUCUGGCCGUUCAAUAGGAGCUGGUAUCGUACGAUCAAUGGGCACCUCAUCAAUCUCAUGUGGCUUCAAGUGGUCUGGUUAACAGACUACUGGUCAGGAUCCAAAGUCCAUUUCUAUGGGACCAAGAGGUUUCUGGAGAAGGUCAAGGAAAACCACUCCCUUCUGGUGGUCAAUCACAGGCAGGGUGUCGACUGGUGUGUCAUCUGGCAAAUGGCGGAAAGAUUUAAGAUGUUAAGAGGUGCCAAGUGUCUGAUGAAGAAAGAGAUCAAAUAUGUGCCUUUCUUUGGUUGGUCCUUCUGGUUGACAGAGCAACUGUUUGUCAACCGGGAUUAUGCUAAAGACAAGAACAGUCUUAUGAAACAGCUCAAGAACAUCACCACAUAUGACUUUCCUACUGUGACCCUGAUAUUUUGUGAAGGGACUCGAUUCACGGAAGAGAAAUACGAGAAGAGCCAAGCAUUUGCUCGAGAGAAGGGCCUACCAUGUCUGAAGCAUCACUUGGUGCCCAGGACUAAAGGCUUUAACCUGUGUAUAGAGGCAUACAAGGGCAAAGUACCUUUUAUAUAUGAUGCUACAAUAGCUUACCAAUACAAUGCUCAGCCCUCGAUCUAUGAUCUUAUCUGUGGGAAACAGUUUGACUUCCAUUUAUAUGUAAGAGAACUUCCACUGGAUGAAGUACCAACUGAUUCAGAAGACGCUACAGCACAAUAUUGUCAUGAUAUGUACAAACAAAAGGAUGAAGCAUAUGACUACUUUCUGCGGAACGACACAUUUGAGGGUUACGAUGCGUCGAGACCAGGACACGUCCCUCCUCGCACACUCCUCCCACUGGUAGUGAUGUCAUCCUGGAUGGUGGUCGUCGGUAUACCGCUUAUCUAUUACGCCCUCUCCAUCCUCCUAUCUGGUUCCACACUCAUGAUCAUCAUCGUCUGUGGGGGCUCAUUCGCAGUUUUCAGAUUUUCCAAGUCCUUACUGAAAGUGACGGAUGUUACUAGGGGAUCAACGUACGGGAGCAGUAAGAGUCGAAGCAUUAAGGGGUCAGAGUUCACGCCCAAUGGAGAUCACAUCCCUUUGACUAACGGGGAUAAGAAGGAUUCAUAAUCAAGUACUUGUGCAAAAUAAAAAAUUGUUUUUAGCAAAUUUUUUAUAUUUGAAUGACAAAAUUAUAGUUUAUACAAAUUAUAUUCAAAGCAACCUAAAAUUCUAUGCACUUCGAGAUUUUAAAAAUGGUUGUAGAUGAGGAAUAAUUUCUGAAAAAUAUAUUGUAUAGGAUUUAUGAAAAUUUGAUGUGGGUGCAUGAGGUUUAGCUUUUACAAUGGCAUACAGUCUUCUUUUAUUACAGUCUUCAGUUUGUCCGAGUACGGACUGAAAGUGAGUGAUGCUACUAAAGGAUUGUCGUACGGGAGCAGUAAGGGGUCAGAGUUCACGCCCAAACCAGAUCAGAUCCCAUUGGCUAACAGGGAUAAGAAGUGCAUGUGCAAAAAGAAAUAUUGUUAUAGCAAAUUUGAUAUAUUUUGAUUGAUGAAAUUAUAGUUUAUACAAAUUAUAUUCAAAGCACCAUACAUUUCUAUGCAUUUUAGGACUCUGAAGAUGGGUACAUUCUGACCAAAAUGCACUAGUGUUUUAGGUUUAGCUUUUACAUGGCAUACUUAAAGGAAUAGUUGAGUUCUGUUUUCAGACCGCAAAUGCCUUCAAAGUGCAUGGUUAUUGCUCUUAUUCUUAUCUAUGACAUUUCUAGU